AUGGCCAGCUUACUGCACCGGGAGACCGCCGUGGAUCUUCUGCAGGAGGACCUGGAUGCCGCAGCAAGGGCAGAAGCUUUCUCCAAAGACCCGGAUGAGGACCGUCCAGGGGAGCCUUUGAACGACGUGUUGGCUUGGCUGAAUGUGGCAGAUCUCGAGGAGGAUGAUCCCCACAGUGCCUUCUUUCUUCCUGAUACCGCUGAUCGCGCUGAACAAGGGGAAGAUGUGGCACCGUUUCGGCGGAGACCUCGAAGAAAAUCUUCCAACUACUGCGACGCAGAGCAGGAGGCGGCGCCUGUCGGAGAGUCCGCGGAUCCUGAGGAGGAGGAGUGGAACCGACGCUUUCGUCGUACAGGGGCCGCUGGCAGAAUGGUUUCCUACAAAGACGGAGAUCGACCUUGGGAAGACUUCACACUGCGAGGAGGCGGUGCGAGGAGAGUCGUGGUGGCCUCCGUGCGGCACGGUGGCUUGGCCGACAAGGCUGGCAUCAAGUCUGGGGACCUCCUGGUGUCAAUCAAUGGCAAGAAGGACUUUGCCGGGCUUUCAGCAUCGAAGAUCCUCCAGAGGAUGCGGGGAACGGUGACGCUGGUCUUCCUUGGCUUCAUCGGCAAGUGGCAUGCAGAGGUGCGGCUGAACACCAAGGAGUCUCCAUGCGGCUUGCAGUCCGAGAUGCCCAUCGCCUUGGGCCGGCCCGAUGCGCCUCUGCAGGUCUACGAGGAGAUCGUGUUUCAGCCAACUACGGCACCGCUCUUGUUGGCAGUUCCGCCGGAGCCCGGCAGCUGCAGGCCCAAGCUCACGCUGCCGCAGGGAGACAUGGGAGAAGUGGAUGAAGUGGACGACUCCAAGGAUGUGGCCUCGGAUGCCACGCCUGAAGACGUCAUGGACCCGGCGCUGGAUCUGACGAGGAGCCAAUCGACUUCCUCUCAGUCAG